AUGGCUUGAAUGUCGUGAUGUGAAUUGACACGGAAGUAAUGUCCUGACGUCCAUCUCUGCAUCUCUAUAAAAACAUUACUCUCCUAAAAACAACAGCCAGAACAAUUUUGCUAACGAAAGAAUAAUGAGUAAUACGUUAACUGCCAUAUUCACAUUUUGGAUUUUUUGUUGCAUAAUAGCAUGCGAUGCUGGCCCUUCAAGUGCUAGAUGUAAGCUAAAGAAAUAUUCACACAAAGCCAUUCAAAUGGAUUUGAAUGGUCUUCGAUGUUGGGAUGACGUUAAGAUAAUGUCUUGUUGGGGUUAUUGCCUAUCUUACGAGAUAUCUCACUGGCAGUUUCCGUACAAAGAAUCUCAUCAUCCUGUGUGUGUUCAUGGUGAACGUAAACAUGCUUCGCUAAAAUUACGUCACUGCGACUCAGGAGUAGAACCAGGGACAGAAGUGUAUCAUUACGUAGAAGCAGCUAGCUGCAAAUGUCAGAUAUGCUCUUCAGAGGACACCAGUUGUGAGUGGCUUCCACCAGAUUCGACUAUUAUCGACGGAUUAAUAAGAGAGCAAUUACUAGAAGACAUGGAAUAAACUGAUGCAUUUUAAUUAAGGAAAGUUACACUUUAACAAUGUGAUUUUAAGAGUGGAUGUUUUUUAUAUGUAAUAUGUAUAAACUUUACAAGAGAUUGUUUCCCUAUAUCUUCUAAAUAUAUAUUUUUUUUCGUG